AUGCGUAUUUUAUUGAUUUGUAUCGCUAUUAUUCCCUACGUCUCGACUCUUUCCUGCCCAGAAGUGAACUUGUCCCAAAGGCCGAAACACUGCAAGAAAGAAUGUAUAGCGGAUGAGGAUUGCAAGAAGAACAAGAGAUGCAUGUGCGACGGAGAAUGCGGGCUGAGUUGUGUGAACCCUGGUGAGUAAUCGAAUCACAUGUUUUUCUUCCGUACAAGAACCGAGGUUGCAGUAGCAAUGUGUCACCCCCUUCCGAACAUUGAAAAUGGAUUCAUCAGAACAGCGGGAGAUUUGAGAUUCGGAUCGAAUGCGGAAUACGGGUGCAACAAAGGAUAUAUCCUGGUCGGUGCUAGUCAGAGAAGAUGUCAAGCGAACAAAGAAUGGAGUUCAGCACAGCCAGUCUGCAGAUUACAACGUAAGAAUCCGACAAUCACUUAAAAACACCCAGAUUAUAGUGAAAUGCGGACCUCCGCCUGAAAUCCCAUUUGCGGUUCAUGACGGAUCGUCUUUUUCUGGAGAAUACGAUCUUGAUGCAGAAGUCGCGUACAAUUGUAUUCCUGGAUACCAUAAAUUUAACGCAAAAGUGAGUACCUUCUAAAAUUUUUAGUCUACAGCCAGGGCUAACUAAGUAAGCAAAAGGCUUGCCCGGGCUUUUGGAAGGCCUGGACUUUUGGCUCACUCGCAAUAAUCCUAUUGGGCCCUUUCUUGAACUUGGAUUGAAGUAUCUUGGGUUCAAGUUUCAGACCGAUUGGAUUAUCUGGUCCGGAGAUAUGUGGACACCCGAAAAGGCCGAGUUUUUGCAAAAAUUGCUACUCUUCGGCCUAGGAUCCACAUAUCUUCAGAGUGAACAAUCUGAUCGGUCUGAUAUUUGGUAAGUGGCAAAAGUCCAGGACUCGACAGGCCGUUUAAAAGUCUGGAGCGGCCUUUUGUCCAGUUCUGUCUACAACUAACUUUCCUAGGGACUCUCCAUCUCGAAAUGUCUUCUCAAUCGCAAAAACGUUGCACAGUGGUUUGGACCAGAUUUGCGAUGCAAAGGUAUGGGAGAUGCAGACUCGAACUGAAAAUCAUUUUUUAGCGAGAGCAUGUCCGGACCCAGGAGAUAUCGAAAACGGCAUGAGAGAAGGGGACACUUUCGAAUACCCGCAUCACGUCAAGUACUCGUGCAACCCAGGAUUCCUACUUGUUGGAUCCACAUCUCGCCAGUGCUCGAGUAAUGGAGAAUGGACUAAUGAACCCGCCAAUUGCAAAGGUAUUGCAAAGCACGCUUCAUAUUUUUUACUGACUAUUUCAGCAACUGAAUGCUCCCGUCCGUCAAGCCCUUUGCAUGGAAAAGUGGUUGGCAGCUCGUUGACUUAUCAAUCAAUAGUCACUUAUUCCUGCGAUCACGGAUAUCGAUUGGUUGGACAGGUUCAAAGAAUAUGUUUGGCAGAAGGGAUAUGGGGAGGAAAUGAGCCCCGGUGCGAAGAGAUCCGGUGCCCACUGCUUCCUGCUCUGCCUAAUGGCUACAUUGAAGGCAGUGAGACGUCGUUUGGAGCAGUGGCAGUGUUUCGGUGAGGAAAUUCACACUUUGGUGAGGGAAUUUUUAAAAUUUGCAUACAGAUGCUUGGAAACUAUGACCCACGAAGGCGCCUCAAACGCAAAGUGCAUGGAAGAUGGGCAAUGGAGUGCACCGAUGCCGAGAUGUCUCGCUUCUUGUAGAAUUCCUCCGAUUCAGAAUGGGCGGAUUAAAGACAAAAGUGAAGGACAACUCAUUGCUUCAGGUACAUUUUUGCACAGUAUUCGGGAGCCUGUUCAGGUUUUUGUUUUCAGGCUCAAAAAUAAUUGUGGAGUGCAAUAAACAACACGAAGCAAACAUUGAUGAACGCUUGAUUUGUUCCAACUCGACAUGGUCCCAUGUUCCCGUUUGCAGUCCCUGUGAGUAGAUAGUUAUUUGCACAAUAAAAAACGCAGACUUGCAACGAGCCGGGUCGAAACGUGAAAUUCUCGGCCCGGGAAGCCUCAAAAGUGGCUGAUCAAUAGUUCUCACCGCUCACACACGUUUUUUCAGUGAGUUGCCACAGUUGGCCGCCAAGAGUUCCACACGCCAGAAUUCUAUUCUCCAAGUCAUCGCAUGGCUCGAUAGCAAAAUAUGAAUGCAGUAACGGAUUUCAUCCAAACAGAAAUAACAAAAUUAUCAAAUGCCUUUAUGGGGAAUGGACAAAAGAUGGGCCGCCGAUGAAAUGUCUUCCAAGUGAGUUUCAUCCACCAAUCUUGCAUUAUUUUCUAAUUUCAGGUUGGUGUGAACAUCCGAGCAAAACCUACGGCACGCUUCCAGGUGGUCAAAUACUACUGGAAGGCAUUCUCGGAGCGUACGAAUUCCAAAGUUACAUCCAGAAAGUUGAAGAAGGCCGAGCAAUCAGUUUCCAAUGCAGCAAAGGCAACUAUCUCAUCGGUGAGUUCAUUAAGCUCAGAUUCAUAGUAAAACCUACUUAUUCUUCUUUUGCAGGACCCCCUAAAGCCACAUGUGUUAAUGGUGAAUGGAUGCCGAAAGUGUCUCCAAAAUGCGUUUCUCAAACUCAUCCAAUGAUCGAAGGAAAAAUUUUGUGGGACCGUAAAAAGAGAAGCCUACCUAGCAGAGUUACGAGACAAUUUAAUGAUGAUGGUUUGCAACGUGGACAAUAACUGUUGAACAGUGCUUCUUCAGAAUUAUCGUAUAAUCGUCAGAUAAUUGGAAAAUGCGGUCUGGUACCUGGAAAACUGGAAAGAAUGAUAAUGCAACACUCGGAAAAUGGAAUUUCGGUCUGUUAAAACUCUUGUUUGAGUAAACGGUUUUUGUAACUACCAUCUUGUCUUUCAUUGCUAACCAAAAGAUCCUAAGAGGAAAAAGGUUCUGGAGGUAUGGGGAAUCGAACCCCAGACUUCUCGCAUGCAAAGCGAGCGCUCUACCCCUGAGCUAUACCCCCCGCACAUUUGCCCACUAUCCAAUUGUAGUUAAAUGGAGAGAAAUGAGUGUCUUUUGCGAUAGACUGGUCGGUUGAGAGUGGAGAGAAGGCAGACAAUAGAUAGGAAUCAGUGGUGGAAACAGAGAAUGGGGUUUGAAUGCUCAACAAUCUGUUCUGUGAAUUGUGAAAGAUCUGUGAAUUUAUCUUUAAAAAAGCGCUUUCCAACAAAUGAAAAGUUGCGAGACUCAUCUUACAUUUCAAAAAAUACAAAAUCUUUCUUUUGAACCUAUAAAAAUUGAUUCCGCAUGCCGCAUUUCACAAACGUACAUAAAUGGUCACUUCCACAGAGUUCUGAAGCCUUUGAAAGUUAUAGCAAAUAGAUAUAAAACCUUUUGUGUGACUUUUUCCCGGAUUCAUCCCCUUCCAAACAGUCCGGGAGCAGUAUGUGCGUUCAGGUGAUUUGUAGGGAAGGAUACGAGUUUGCUAGCGAGAGUAUCGAUGGCAAAUCAACGUGUUUCAACGGUCGCUGGCAACCUGAAAUUGCAGAGUGCAUUCCAAGUUUGUCCCUAUCGCUUUUCUUUCCCAAAACACUCAUUCCCUUUGAGAAUCUUGUCGAGUACCGAUAAGACUGCACGUGUUCUUUUUAAAAACGGGUACUUCUCAAAUUUUACAAUCGAAUGACGUGGUGGAGGACGGAACUGUGGCUCAAAUGGCAUGUUUGCGAGGAUUCCAUUUGAACGGGAACGGCGUUUUGGAAUGUGUGAAAGGGGAACUGAAAGAACCACUGGGGCAUUGUGUGCCACGUGAGUUUGACAUCGAGGUGACCUGGAAAACCAAUCUUUCCUAUUUUUUCAGAAGAAUGCGUGCUUUCCGAAUUGAUAGUGGGAAAGUACAAUACCACUGCAGAGACGAUCAAAAAUGGAGAAAAUGUGCUUCUCAUGUGUACUGGCACAAAUGUGACCAUCACUUGCUCUAAGGGAAACUUGAACCCAGCACCUUCUUGUCAUGAAAAUGGUUAAAAAUGCGGGCGAGAUAGGAGAAACUCAUAAAAAUCUUCAGAAAGUCGUUUUUGCAUUGCUCCUCAGGACACUACUCCGGCCAUAAUCUAUCGUUAUCACGGAUUGAAGAAAACUCACAUCGAUCGAUAUCAAUCGGCUUACCCCAAUGGUACUAUAUUUCAAUUCAAGGUGAGAAAGGUUUGAAAAGGUGGUCUCAAUUCAAACGUCAUUUUUUCCAGUGCAAUGAUAAAGAAGAAGCGGGUGGAAUUGAAUGCAUCAACGGAGAAUGGGUCAGCAAUUUGUUACCUUGUGGUAAGAAUCAUUUAGACUUUUUUUUUUCAUAUUUUUAACUUGCUCUUUCAGUCACAGCAAAUAUUACCGCGUGGAAAAUGCCUACAAAUGAUGAAAUGUGCUCGCCUCUUCGUCUGGAACCUAAUCAAAAAAUAUUUAAUGUCGAAAACUAUGUGCCCCACCCAACGCACUUGUUUGCGCAUGGAACCAUUCUUAAUGUGACCUCUUUUCAUGCUCGAAAGUUUGAAACAAAUCUGAUUUUUAGGUAGGAUGUAUGACAACCAGUAGUGCGGUGGAAAGCGUGUCAAUCAAGUGCAGACGUGGCAGAUGGGGAUUCAAAAAGAAAUUGAACUGCUCAAACAGUAUUUAGAGUUUACCUAUUCUCAUUUGAAGAAUCAUUUUCAGUCGAAACAACAUGUUCUCUGAAAAUGAACAUCAACUCCCACACAGUCAUCUAUCACACCCAAAAGAAAGAAACAGUGCUUUUUAAUCAGCACUUUGAAUCCGGCGCGAAACUUAUAUUCCGAUGUGUGAAUAUUGGAUUGGAGAGAUUACACGGCAAACGAGAGCUUCAGUGUUACAAUGGAGUUUGGAGCAGUCCCAUACCUUAUUGUAUUCCAAUUCAAGCAACAGGUAUUUUUUUCAGUUUUCAGUGUUUUCAGGGUCGUUUUCAGGGAGCAGUGUGCCUAUCAAGUACUCGGUGACUCAUGGAACUCAUGCGAUUUCUUCGAAAGGAGAGCUCAUAGUUUCCAGAGCAGCCAAUGUGAAACUGACGUGUCUCACAGAGAAAGUAGCUUCGGAUACAAAUUGGGUGAGAAUGAACAGAUAAGUGGUCCCAACUGGUUGGAUCCUUCAGAAAGUCACAUCCACUUACCGCUCAUAUCCGACACAAUGGACAAAAGCAAAGACAGGAGAUCACGAUGAUAUCGAUGGGUUUGAAGUACGGUAUCUCCAAUAUUCUUCUCAUUUCGUUUGGAUUUCCAGGUGUCCAUCGCAAGUGCUCAGCCAUUUGACACUGGAUUAUUGCAUUGUGUCCUACCGAAUGGUUCCAGAAAUACCAUCAAACUUGUCGUACACGGUAGUUUACAAAAAAGAGGAAUGAGUUAUGUCGAACAUUCCAGGCGACAAAUGUCUGUUCCCCACAGGUCCCGCCAACUUGCAGAUUCAUCUGUCAAGCCCGACGUUAUUUGUGGGAACAGUUGCUCAAUUCUCGUGUCCGUCCGGGUUUUUUGUGGAAGGGAAUCUCGUGGCCACUUGUCUAGAAGAUACAAAUUGGAGUCAUCCUGUUCCCAGAUGUGUUGGUAGGGAAUGAAACGAAACAAAAACGUUUUCCUUUUGAAUUUCAGCAGCACAAUGUCCAGCAAUAUUUGUGAAUGGAACACGAAUGACGGUUAUCGUCACUUCUUACAGAACUGGCGGAGUUGCUCACUUCAAAUGUCAUAAAGGGUGAUUUGAUUGGAUUCAGAAUUAUUUUCAAAGUUCAGAAUGAUCGUACUUGCAAAGCCGGCCCGGAAUUCAAUUUUUACAUUUCAGUCCGGUAUAUUGUAAAUCUGAAAAUCAUAUCAUUUUCAGAUACACUCUUCUCGGCGAGCAAAACGUUCAUUGCACAAACCAAGGAGCGUGGAGUCACGACUUGCCACGUUGCAAUGUUGUGAACUGCCCUCCACUUCUACCCCCGGUGAACGGUCAUUUCAUCGGCGAGCCUAAAGAACUGUACACAAAAGGAGACAUAGUUCUGCUUGGAUGCCUUCCAAACUACAUGCUGACCGGAGGCGACUUUGCCGUAUGUCAAGCGGAUGGAGAAUGGAGCGAGAUCAAGACCAGAUGUUUGUUUGCAGACUUAGCCCCUCAAAAGCCAACAGGUUUAUUGUUCAUUUUCAGGCGAUGGCUACUGUAGACAUCCCGGACAACCGGAUCAUGGAGCAACUACCACAAUAGCCAAAGACUAUUAUUCCAUCGGAGAGAAGAUUGUAUUUUACUGCCCGUCCCAGAACUACAAACUGAGUUCGGACAAUGUUUUGAUUUGUACCUCACCUGGCCAGUGGUCACGUCGUCUACCACUUUGUCUGCCGUCAAAUUCCUGA